GGCGGGGAGAAAAUGGGGAAACGAUCGAGGAGUAAAAAAGAGAAAAUAAAAGAUCAGCCCUUGAAAAGUCUCCACAACAAACAUCUUCUAACGAGGAGCUGUCACCCACACAAGGAGCUCCACGGUCGGCUUCGUCUCUGUGUACGGCCACUAAGGAGCAACCGAGAGCGGAAGUGUCAGGUGCGGAUUUGAUGACGGCUGGAAAAGGGGGAAAAAAGGCUUGGAGAUGAGCUGACGGUCACGACACAGGAACAAGUUAGAUGUGGAUGAGGGACAACAACACUGGACCCAGUCUGAAAUUUGAUUUUUACACGCAGCAUUGGCCUUCGACGCCGAGUUAACGCCGCGUAGAGGAAGGGGGGAAGGGGCUGCAUCCUGCGGAAACACUCGGCUCGUCUACCGCGGGACAGCGCGCAGACAAGACCGCACGCUUGUGCCGAUGCCCACGGCAGACUGCAGGCUGCUCCAUCAUGGCCGGAUCAUGAGGUGCCUGACCUGCCUCCUCCUGCUGCCAGACACCCUGAGAAAGUCCAAGAAGCUCAGCGGGCUCCCGGGCAGGCUGCCACUGUCUUACGACGUCCCGAGCAGCAAGAAGCACAAGAAGAUGGCCGCGGAGCUAUGUCCCGCCGGCAACGGCAACCUGGCCAGCGGUACCACGGUGGCUGACGCCGAGAAGACCAAGGAGGCGCCGGUCAACCAGGCCGCCAGUGGAGGCAGCGGCGACGGAGAGGGCGAAGGAGGCGCGGCGGCCACCAGCCCGACCACCCAGCAGAACAUCAGCAACAACAACACCGUGGAACCCAGAAGCUGGCAGUGUAGCCACCCCACACUGAGGGAGAGGAACGCCUUGAUGUUCAACAACGAGCUGAUGGCUGACGUCCACUUCAUCGUGGGGCCUCCGGGGGGGUCACAGAGGGUUCCAGCACACAAGUAUGUGCUGGCCGUGGGAAGCUCCGUCUUCUGUGCCAUGUUUUACGGCGAUCUGGCGGAGGAGGAGUCUGAGAUCCAUAUCCCAGAUGUGGAGCCCGCUGCUUUCCUAAUUCUACUCAAGUACAUGUACAGCGACGAGAUCGAGCUUGAGGCGGACACGGUGCUGGCCACCCUGUAUGCUGCCAAAAAGUAUAUCGUCCCGGCGCUGGCCAGAGCCUGCGUUAACUUCCUGGAGACGAGCCUGGAGGCCAAGAACGCCUGCGUCUUGCUCUCGCAGAGUCGCCUAUUUGAAGAGCCUGAGCUGACGCAGCGCUGCUGGGAGGUGAUCGAUGCCCAGGCCGAGCUGGCACUGCACUCCGAGGGCUUCUGCGAGAUCGACCUGCAGACGCUGGAGAUCAUCCUGCGGCGGGAGACGCUCAACACCAAGGAGGCGGUGGUGUUCGAGGCGGUCAUGAGCUGGGCUGUCGCCGAAUGCCAGAGACAAGGGCUGGGGCCCACCACACGCAACAAGCGUCAGGCAUUAGGGAAGGCGCUGUUCUUGGUACGCAUCCCUACCAUGAGCCUGGAGGAGUUUGCCAAUGGGGCGGCCCAGUCCGACAUCCUCACUCUGGAGGAGACGCACAAUAUGUUUCUGUGGUACACAGCCGCCAAAAAACCCAAAGUGGACUUCCCCCUGACUACCAGGAAGGGCCUGGCGCCACAGAGGUGCCACCGCUUCCAGUCCUCGGCCUACCGGAGCAACCAGUGGCGGUACCGCGGCCGCUGUGACAGCAUCCAGUUCGCCGUGGACAAACGGAUCUUUAUCGCCGGGCUGGGACUGUACGGUUCCAGCGGUGGCAAGGCCGAGUACAGCGUCAGGAUCGAACUCAAGAGGCAGGGCAUCAUCCUGGCCCAAAAUUUGACAAAGUUUGUGUCGGACGGAUCGAGCAGCACCUUCCCCGUGUGGUUUGAGCACCCGGUGCAGGUGGAGCAGGAUGCCUUCUACACGGUCAGUGCCGUGCUGGAUGGCAACGAGCUCAGCUACUUUGGCCAGGAGGGAAUGACAGAGGUGCAGUGUGGGAAGGUGACCUUUCAGUUCCAGUGUUCCUCGGACAGCACCAAUGGCACUGGAGUGCAGGGGGGGCAGAUCCCUGAGCUGGUCUUCUACGCCUAAGGACAGGAAGUGAGGGUUCUCCUCAUGGCCUUCCAGUCAUGUAGCAUCACAAACACUCAUGAGCUGCUAGUUCUCAGACUCUUCUAGAAGCCACGGUGUGCUCCACUUAUUUAAUUUAACGUUAUUCUUUAAUUUAAACUCUUUCUUUGCUCUGCUGUUGCCAUGGAAACACAGCGGUGGUCAUGCGAUCCAGCCGAGCAAAGCUACUGGACCGAAGUUUGUCUUGCUGCUCUUCUACCGAGCGGAACUUAAUGUUCUGGUUCUUAAAUGCAAAAAUAAGUAGGGAUGUUGUUGUUUUGCACUUGAGGACACAGCCUCAGUUUGAUGUCUUUUCUUUGAAAUUGUAACAGCUUGAUGCUGACACUUGAUGACAUAAAGGUUUUAAUGCCAUCCAAGCUGC